AUGGCCAUCCAUCCAGAACUCACGCCGGAGCAGCGCGUCGAAGCUUGGACAGUCUCCCAGGUUGCCGACGCCCUGAGCGGAUCAACAAUUUCCUCCGUCGAAUCGCCUCGUCAAUCUCGCACCGUGGCGCUUGAUAUUCCGCUCGACGACGAGGCCGUUCGCGACGAGUCUCCACGUAGGCGAUCCGACGCUGUGCAUACAGUGUACAAGCGACGCGAGCCCAUCCGACGAGACAGCUUGAACAGGCGCGAGACGCUGCUGAAAGGGAAGGAGGGCAGCAGGCGCCGGCAAAGAUGGGAGAAUGAUCGCCUUCUGAGCAAUCCACAUGCAACUCCGCCCUUGCCAAGCGACUGGCAGGUACAGCCCACUCACCCUGUACACCGGGUGCCGUACUUUCUGGCUCCUCUAUGGGAUGCUGGCUAUGCUCGUCAGUCCACCGAACGCAAAAUGCGUGCCGAUGCGGCUAAGGUGCCCACGAAAGAGGAGGCCACUGCUGCCAAGGUCACCCAGCAACUCCGCCUCAAGCUCAAGCGGUCCAAGGGCGCAAAAGGGUUGCUGAUGGAUCUCGAGGAGGAGGUGCGUGGCUUCGUCAGUGCCUGGGAAGAAAAAGCGCGUCAACUCGAGAGCGAAGGUCUCAUUGAGCCUGAUAGCGAGGAUGAGGAGAUUGUGUUCGUUGGCCGCAACGGUGCAAUGAGCGACGAGCGCAAGAAGGAGAGAGAGCAGGAGACGUUGGAAAAGGACAAGCUGAUCUUUCAAGGCCUGUUGGACGACCAUGGAUCGGCGUUUGGCAGGUAUCUUGUUCAUUCAAUCGCCGCCUACUAUGGGCUAAGAACAUGGUCCACAACCAAAGGUCUUGAAAGACAUGCCUACGUCGGACUCCCUUUAGAUUCUACGACACGGAGGCCCAGUCUCACGGGUCGAGGUUUGCCACGUCCAUUGUGGGCCGUGGUAUGA